UUGUACUAGCCUACAGAUGCCUUGAUCAGACUGCACCCAGCUACCUCCAGACCCUCAUCUCUCCCUACACCCCCACUCGACCUCUCCGCUCCGCCUGCACUAGAAGACUGGCUCUACCUCCGCUACGCUCCCCUGCCUCCCGAGCCCGCUCCUUCUCCACCCUUGCUCCGCAGUGGUGGAACGACCUUCCUACAGAUGUCAGGACUGCCCAGUCCCUGACCACAUUCCGGCGCCUCCUUAAGACUCACCUCUUCAAACAGCACCUGUAGAACUCCUCUGUUGUAUCCUGGGACACUAUCACCCUUCAUUUAAAUAUGCUUUAUUUUGCUCUUAUCUGCCCCCUAUUUUACUGCAUUUAAUCCUGUACCUCAGAAUAUUGUAAUCUCCCAAGUGUUUAAUCUGUAGUAUUUUGUACUUAAUCAUAUCCUGAUGUAACUAUCACUACUUAAUCAUAUCCUGAUGUAACUUUCACUAUUAUCUGCUGUAUUAUUGAAUUGUGGUUUGUCACACUUGAGAAUUAUUGUAUUUCUUGUUCUUAUUGUAUGACUUAUAUUGUAACACUUGAAUGUAUUUGUAUUUGCUUGCGAUUGUAAGUCGCCCUGGAUAAGGGCGUCUGCUAAGAAAUAAAUAAUAAUAAUAAUAAUAAUAAAGACCUUUCUAUAAAGAUUACUUUUAGAUGGUACUUCAGAUGGUCGAAAUGAGCAGAUCUUACUAUAAUUUAAAUCGAUAAAAAUUUGUAGAGUUAUCAUGAAUGUGUAUGUCUGGCUUUAAUCUAGGUAUCAGUGUGCGGGUGCCCUGUGCUGCCCAGUCGUGUAAAUGCAAAGCCUUUGCCUUCAUCCCUUCUCGACCAGAGGAAGCUGGUGAAUUCUGGUUAAAGAAAAGACCAGGCUUCGACCCAGCUGCUUGGAGAGCAAUGUGCAGAUGUAAACAUUCUCAUGAGGAACACGACCCAACAAAUAGCCAUGCUUGCAAGAAAAAAGGUUGUCGAUGUCAACUUUUCGAAUCCAGCUUUGUCUGUGCCUCUUGCGACAGGCAUUGGGAACAACAUGAAACAUUUUUUGAUACAGAGGACUCGAGAAAGAAAUCUGGCCUUCCGUAUGGGGAGGCAUACUUGCCCUUUGCUGAGAUGCCAAACCUGCGAAAUGCUGUCUUGACUGGCAGGGAGGGAGACGAUUCUGCUUUCAAAUCAAUUACAAAAGUCUUGCCAUCUUCAGUGAACCAGACUUCACAAUGAACAUAAUUGAGAUCUUUUAUUUAACAUCAUGUAAUCAAAGAAACUACAAAAUUAUAUUGCAAAAGUCUACUGGAAGCCAUAAUAGUAGUAUAGUAUUUCAUGUUAGAUUUCAACAUGUCACAAUUUAAAAAUUUUGCCCUGUUUUUCGUUAAGUAUAUGGAAAACUACAAAGUGGUAUGUCAAGGCCGUAGCCAGAUAUGAGGCACUUGAGGCACGGCCCUCAGUUAAAAUCAUACCAAUCGUUAUUUAUUCAGGCUCUCUUACAUGUUGCUUUGACGCAAAAUAAAAUACAUUCCAUCCCUCGUUGUGUGCAUGCGUUAAUUCCCAAGUCCCGCUGAUAUCUACAGCCUCUGUGCUCUUCAAAAUCUUUUACUGUCAUUGCAGACUACAGCGACACCGCUCAGUUCACACCACCAUAGCAGUUAAACGUGUUGGAGAAGGUUUCAAAACAACCAAGGUUUAUUAGCGACUUUCAAGGUGAGGCAAAGUAAUAAUGUUGAUUAGUAAUACCUACAUAUCAGCCUAAUAAUAAGGAAUAAUAAUAAAUCCCCCUGGUAGUCCGCUGUUUAGCAAACCCAUUUUAUUAAUAUUCAAAUUCUAAACUGCUAGUAGAAGCAGCUUGUAAACUGCAGUUUAGCGGACCCAGCUUAUGCAAAUUGUAACAAUUCUAACAAUAGUUUAAUGCAGUCGUUCCCAACCCUGAUCCUGGGGACCCCCUGUGUCUGCUGGUUUUCAUCCAAGCUCUCAAUUACUUAACUAGACCGUUAAUUGGACUGAUAAUUUGCUCAAUUAGACUUUUUAAAAUUGUUUUCAGUUUUCAACUCCCCAGUAAUGUUGUUGAAGCUGACACCCUAGGAUCCUUCAAGAUGCUGCUUGAUGAAAUUCUGGGAUCAGUAAGCUACUAACAAUCAAACGAGCAAGAUGGGCUGAAUGGCCUGCUCUCGUUUGUAAACUUUCUUAUGUUCUUAACUGUUUAAGAGCUGACAGCAAUUAAAAAGGUGUAAUUAAGCAAAUGAUCAGUUAAAUGAAGGGUCUAGUUAAGUAAUUAAGAGCUCAGUUGGAAUGAAAACCGGCAGACACAGGGGGUCCCCCGGACCAGGGUUGGGAACCACUGGUUUAGAGGACCCAGGUUGUGAAUAUUAUGACAUCGUUUUAGGUAGGGGUUUGGGGGCCUGUCCUCGACAGACACAGAAACUUGUUAUGCGUGUAAUUCAAUAUAUUAACGUAACAUUAUUCAGCAGGUUUCAUUCGACAUUAUGAAGAUAAAUUUGUUCUUUAUAUAGGGUGAUGCAAAACAUUUGGCCAUAGCUGUAUAUUUAAAUACUAAAAUGACUACCUGGUACAGUACUGUAUCUCCCCUUGUUUCAACCAAAUAAAAUAGAUGACAUCUCCAAUCGAAAACACAGUACAUAAAACCACAAAGGUUUCAAGUGUAAAAGCAAAGCCCUAAAACCAAUUGAAGUCUGAGUACAUGUCCACCUUGUCCUUAAAAUUAAACAAUUUAAAUUGUUUAAUUUUGAAGACCAGCAGAGGGAGUGUGUGAACAAGUAAACAUCUUUCAGUACAAGAUCAAGAAUAAUACCCUAACAUGGCCAUUGUUAGGUGCCGUCAACUUGCUUACAUUGAUAAAAUUAACAGCAAUCCUUAAUGGCUUAAAAAAAUAUAUAUAUAUACUGUACAUAUUUAUACCUGUUACUUUUUUGAGUAUGUAGUAAAGUUAAAUAUAGCACAGUUUCCUGUGUAGCAAAACAUAAUAAUAAUAAAAACAUCAUACCGUACCCUGUUAUGUUCAUUGGAUUAGGGAUAUUAUGCCUUCCCUUAAAUUAGAACAAAUACAUUUCACACUAGAGGAAAGCAUGGGAAAUGUUAUGAUGUAUGACAACCCUUUCUUUCCCAUGUUGACAAACUCAGACUCUUCUAUAAUUUUCCUUUGAAGAAACCAAGCAUCUUACUCCCCCCUCUCUUUCUCUCUCUCUCUCUCUCUCUCUCUUUCUCUCUCUCUCUCUCUCUCUCUAUCUCUCCCCUCUCUUCUAUUAUAAUUAUUACUGUAACAAUUAUUUGUAUUUAUUCUUGUUAAAAACUGUAAAAACCAAUAAACAAAGUAAAAAAAAAACAU